UUCUUUUUUUUAAUUUCCAAAAUUCCACAUCAAUUCCCUGACUAUUUUUCUGGAUUGUAACUGUAAAAAAGUCAUAACAUAUCUGAAUGAUGUGCUCUGUAGCUCUGCUUCGCCGUUGGAGUCUGACUGUUUUCCUGCUUUGCUCCCCUGUGGCUCUUAAUGGGAAGCCAGCUGAUGCACUCAGCAGCAGAAUGAGGAGGUCGGUGAGCCAUGCCCAGCUGAUGCAUGACAAAGGACACUCCUUGCAGGAGUACAAGCGCCGCAUGUGGCUGCAGGAGCUGCUGGAGGAGGUGCACACGGCCGAUGAGCGAGCUCCUUCUCUGCAGAACAGAAGUCCUACCCAAACCUUCAGUGGGAGCGACUUAUACCAGAAGCUCCCGGGGGCCACCAAGAAUCUUCCUGACAGGUUCAAGCUGGAGAGGGAGGGACCCAACCUGCCCCAGGAAACCAACAAGGUCGUGUCUUAUCAGGACCAGCCGCUAAAGGUGGCCACCAAGAGGAAAAAAAAGGUGAGGCUAAGCCGCCGUAGGGAGAGCGAGAAGAAGCGACGGCGGGCUCGUUCUGCCAUGACAGAGGUGUGUCACCAAGACUGAGAGACUUCCAAGAGACCUGUGCGUGGUUCAGCACAAAGACACUGCCACACGCUCAGCAGCACUGAGGGACUUCAUGUGACAGCCACCGGGCUGCGCUUGUAUAAUAUCUUAUUGCAUUUGUAAUUUUGUGUCUAAAACAACUUCUAGUGCAGCCGAUAAGAGAAUAUUUAGAGUGGAAUCCUGCAAAUGGUAAUACAAGCAUCAAAUUUGACACAAAUA